UUAAAGAAAUGAAUAAAAGUUCACAACAAUAUGUUGAUUCUGGAAUAAUUUCUGUGUGAAAUAGUUGUUGGAAAAUGUUACGCAAAUCAAUCUGAAGAGUUUAUAGAAGUUCAAAAGAAUUUAUUUAUUGCCCGCCGGCUAAACCAAAAACUACAAGUGCUUCCACGGGACGGGGGGUGUAUGUGUAGGUCUGUUUUUGUAACGCUCAGCAUCACAGCGCAGAGAAACGCCAAGCAUCUUUAGUGUGCAAACGACGUGUAAACGGCAAGCAACAAAUUCAAAGUACUUGAAUAUUCUUUUCAAGAAAAUUAAAAUGUCUGGAAAUUUGCCGUUGCUGUUAUUUGGCAUUGCUGUGUUGGCGGCUGUGGGACCCAUGCCAGCAUAUGGUGCAGUUGCCACACAUACGCAUGAGAAGCAUGUGAGUAAAGAACGCGUUAAGGAUGGUAACUACGUGCCCAGGGAUGCUCAUCAUCAUGGCGAACACGGCGAACAUAAUGUGGAGUUUGAUCAUGAGGCUAUAAUAGGUGAUCUAAAAAAAAACAAUGAAUUUGAAUUAAACUAUUAACAAUGUAAAUAGUAGAAGGCAUACUGAAUUAAAAUGAUGGAUCUGAAUAAGGACGAAUUUAUAGAUAGACACGAGCUAAAAGCGUGGAUAUUAAGGUCUUUUAAAAAACUAUCUGAGGAAGAAGCCACCGAUCGUUUUGAAGAAAUGGAUUUGGAUGAGGAUGACAAUAUCAGCUGGAAGGAAUAUUUGCAGGAUACAUAUUCUAUGGAAGAUGAGAACUUUAAGAAGGCAGUCAUUGACUUUGAUAGUUAUGAAGAAGAACAGAAAAUGAUAAAACAAGAUAAGGAAAUGUUUAAUGCGGCAGAUGGCAACAAAGAUGGUGUGCUGACACUUGAAGAGUUCAUAUUAUUCCAAAAUCCUGAAGAGCAUCCACAAAUGUUACCCAUACUGCUGGAGCAUACAAUGCAGGACAAGGAUAUUGAUCACGAUGGCAAGAUAAGUUUCCAAGAAUUCAUAGGCGAUGCAGCGAAGAAUCAUGACAAGGAUUGGCUGAUAACAGAAAAGGAGCGCUUCGACAAAGACUAUGAUCAAAAUAGUGAUGGUGCACUCACAGGCGAAGAGGUGCUUUCCUGGAUUGUACCUAGUAAUGCGGCCAUAGCCACCGACGAAGUGGACCAUUUAUUUGUGUCCACAGAUGAGGAUCAUGACGAUCGCUUAUCUUAUCUGGAAAUACUUAAUAACUAUGAUACAUUUGUGGGUAGCGAGGCCACGGAUUAUGGCGAUCACUUGCAAAAUAUAAAUCAUUUAACUGAUGAGCUGUAAUAUUGAAGAAUCUGCUAUAUAGAAACUAAAACAAAGAAACUUAAGUUCUGUGCUUAAUUAAUUUAGUUAAUGUAAUGUUUUUUUUAUUUUUACAAUGUGCACAAUUGAAAAUUUAUUUUACAAGGUUGUAUCUA